GCUUACUAAAAUCCGACGUCCCGUCCGCAAACAGCAUUAAACGUGGCGGAUCAGCUCCUUAUAUGAUACAAUAAUGGGGUCAUUAAGUGCUCAAAAUUGUGACAUUUUGGACAGUUUAGGCGAUCUUGGGUAUGAAGGACUACUUUUAGAUGAGAGCCUGUUCCUGGCUUCUGUAGAAGCAGGUCCAAGUUCACCAGACUUCACUGGGGUAGUAGCAUGGAUGUCUUCUCAGCUAUGCAGUAUUUGUGAUCUAGAAGCUUCUGUAUCACCAACUUCCUGUGCUGAAGAUGCGGACUCCUUUGAACUGGAGCUCAGUGGGCUCCUGAAGGAGCUCUACUGCCCAUACAAGGUCCUUACACAAGGAGAAAUGAUCAACAGACUGGGCAACAAGAUUAACAGAUUACUACUCUUAGAUUUCCUUAUAACGGAGCUACAGUCGGCUAAAAUGAUUCAAGUUAGACAACCAACUAAACCUUCCAGUACUGCACCGGCUGAAGAUGCACACUGGAAGGCCAGCAGCAGGAGCCUAAAGAAUCUCUGCAUGCUCCUCAAACUACCUAAGCCUCCACCCAAUGUAACCGAGAUCACGCUCUUCACAAAACUGGAGGUUACACUUAAGUCUGUCAUCGCCAGCUCCAAGCAUGCUGUGGGAAAGCCCCUCUUCAAGUGGAAUCUAACGUCAGGGCAGUGGGGAACGUUGGACACCAUCAACGAGCAGAUGCGAAGAGAAUACAGCAUCAGACGUCAGAUGUUGUUGAAGCGGCUUGAUGUGACUGUCCAGUCCUUUACAUGGUCAGACAGAGCUAAGAACAAAGAGAAUGAAUUUUCCCGUGUUUACAGAAGUAGAAGGAAUGGGCUGACUUCAGAGAAUACUGUGACCAUUGCUAGCAUGAUGGCUGCCAGAGAAAACCUUGCCAAGAUGAAGAAGACCAGUAGUGGAGCAGCCAGAAAGAACACACAGUGCGAUAUUAAUAAAGUCAUGAUGGGAACGGUUCCUGAUCGGGGAGGGAGACCCCAGGAAGCUAUACCGCCCCAAAAGAAAUGCCCUCAUUCAAGAAAAGACAAGAAGGGGGUGGCAGAGGAGGUAGAGGAGGAGGCAGGGGAGGAGGCGGCAGAGGAGGAGGGAGGGUGCAAAGUGGUAAGUUGUCAACUACAAUUCAGAGCCUUUUGGCAUCUAUAUUUAAGUUUUCAUCAAGAAUUUAUCUAAGUUUCGCUCCAAUGCAGACCCAUUUCGAUUGACUUUUCAUGUGGCUCGUAGUAAGGCAGGAGAUCGCACAUUCACUGUUGCAGCAGCUAUGGAGUGG